CCCAUUCCCAUCUCGAGAGUUGUUUUAUUCAUGUCGUGAACUCUCUCCCUUCAUCUAGCUCGAGUUUUUUUCUUGCUUCCGGGAGCUCUGAACUUGACCGACGUCGUUUUCACAUCAAAACCCUUCAACAAAAAAAUGGCGUUCUUCUUGAACCAAACUAGUAUCGCUUCCCAUUUUCGAUCUCACUCUCAGAAGACUGAAGAUUUGGCUUCUUUUCCUCGCCGUCGAUUCCACGUCGAACCAGGGGCUCGUGAAAAAGCUCUCUUGGCAGAAGAUGCAACUCUGAAACCGUUCAAAUCGUACAAGAAGAGUGUAAAAAAGCUUAGAAAAAUUGGGAAUGCCCUUACAAUUGUUGUUGUUGCAGGAUGCUGUUACGAAGUAUAUGUCAGAGCUUUUACAAGAGAGGAAGCUCAGAAACUGUAAUGUCCUGAAAGUUCUGGAUGAAGCAAAUAUUGGGAGUUAGUUUUCUGUUUUGUUUUAUUAUUGUGGCAACAACUUGGACGUUAUGAUUAGCAAUGUUAGAAUAAGCAAAAAAGCAUUUGAACCAAAAUUGCUUGUGCAUUAAUAGCUUUUCCACCAUUCCAGAUGUCUACUGUCUGAUGAUAAUGUUGAUUGGCUGGUCACAAAUCUGUUGUGGCUUCAGCCUUCAGGUGUGAGAAACAGAUCUAAUUCGUUCGACCAAGUUUGAGGGGGAGCAGUUAUUUGAGGGAGUUGUUGUGAUUAUCUGUGAGAUGUUUAAUGCAAUUCCAUAAUCAAGCUUUGCCUGAAAUGUUAAUAAAUCUGAUAACCAUGUUAAUGGGAAUUGUAA